CAAAUAUUAUUCCACAUAAUAUCUUUGAUUCUAUUCUUCUGGAAUUCAGAUCUUUCGGGGCAUUCCAUUUGGCAACUUUCCUUGAUAAAGAAUAGUCAGUGAAGAUCCCACUUGAUUUUCACCUUAAUUAAAUUUAACACCCUAAUUAAAUUUAAAUUUCACCUUAAUUAUAUGCACCGAUUUCUUUUUCUUCAAGUUAUUCUGACUCUCUCUUCUUUGUUCAAACAUCACCGACUUGACUUUUCAAUGAAAGUGCUUGAAUUUCAAAUUUUCGAUAAUACCCUUCCAUUGACUGAUUCUCCGUUGAUUUUCAGGGUUAUGAUCGACAAUGCAGGUUGCGCAGACUCCACCAGAGUCAUGAUUGAUAGUGCUAGAAAACAUGGGAUUCUUCUGGAAGCUGUUCAAGUUCUUACUGAUUUGAAUCUGUCAAUUAAGAAAGCUUACAUUUCUUCUGAUGGUCGGUGGUUCAUGGAUGUUUUUCAUGUGACUGAUUUGGAUGGAAACAAAUUAACCGACGAGAGUGUCCUCAAUUACAUCGAACAGUCUCUCGGGACAAUUCAUUAUGGGAGAUCAAAAAGCUUCGAGGGCCUUACAGCAUUAGAAUUAACGGGUACAGAUCGAGUUGGCCUAUUGUCCGAGGUUUUUGCAGUUCUGUCAAAUUUACAGUGCAAUGUCGUUGAAGCGAACAUGUGGACGCACAAUGGACGAAUUGCAUCCUUAAUUUACGUUAAGGACAAUGAUUCUGGGUCCCCAAUUGAGGAUUCGAAGAAAAUUGAAAGAAUCAAGGCAAUGUUAAGGAAUGUUCUCAAGGGUGACAAUGACAUCCGUAGUGCCAAAACAUCAGUUUCCUUGGCUGUUACACAUACAGAAAGAAGGCUUCAUCAAAUGAUGUUUGCUGAUCGAGAUUAUGAGAGGAAGCCACCCAUUAAAACUUGUGAAGAAUCCCCAGUUGUGGCCGUACAAAAUUGUUCGGAAAAGGGUUAUUCUGUUGUUAAUAUCCAGUGUAAGGACCGGACGAAGCUUCUGUUUGAUGUUGUUUGCACAUUGACGGAUAUGCAGUAUGUUGUUUUUCAUGCUACAAUUAACACAGCUGAAGACACAGCCUCUCUGGAAUUUUUCAUUAGGCACAUGGAUGGAACCCCGAUUAAUUCAGAAGCAGAAAAGCAACGUGUGAUUCUAUGCUUACAAGCUGCAAUAGAAAGAAGGGCAUCACAGGGUGUAAGGCUUGAGCUGCGUAUGGACGAUAGGCCAGGCCUAUUGGCUGAUGUGACACGAACCUUCCGAGAAAAUGGCCUAAAUGUGACAAGGGCUGAGAUAUCGACUACAAUGGAUAGGGCAAUAAAUGUGUUUUACGUCACAGAUGCAAUCGGGAAUCAUGCUGAUUCAGAGAUCAUCGAAUCUGUUCGACAAAAGAUUGGGUUGAGUAAACUGAAAGUGAAGGAAUUGCCCUUGAUCUAUCAUCAGAAGGCAGAAAGGGACCAAGCCACGACGGGUCCCGGUGGGACCAUGUUGUUAUCACUUGGAAGCCUUGUGAGAAGGAAUCUAUACAAUUUGGGAUUGAUCAAAUCUUGUUCUUGAUUUAUCAAAAAGGCAUAUUCUUUGCUUCAGACAGGUUUCAUCAGCUGGGCAUUUGUACAUAGUAAAAGGUUUUUGAGACAGGAUUUGGUAUGGUAGCUGUUAUGGUUGAAGUUUGGUUGGUCUAGUAGGUAGAGACUCACACAUGGAAGUGAAUGGUAUGGGGCCCACCUCCCCACCUUUUUUCUUUGGUAAAAUUGUUUGUUUGGAAGAAGUGAUAUGAAUUUUCAAGAUGGAAAAAUGGAAGGGAAAGUUAAAAAAUGGUAGUGGUGGGUGGUUUUGGUCAUAUGUUUUUACUUCUUCCGUGAUGUUUAGGUGGUAGUAGUAAUAGGAGAGGAUAUCGUUUUCACACAACAUAUUGUACAUCAUUAUUAUUUUGUUCAAAGUAAAACAUAGUUCUAACGUUUGGCUUUGAAUGAUUUGCAACCA